GCCCUUUCGUCAUACGUGCGCGCUGCCGCCGUCGUUCGUUGGGGGAGUAGGACUGCCGUCAUGGCGAACUCAGCGGCCGCCGCCGUGCGACCGCCGAGACCCAAGAAAGAGCCACAGACGCUCAUCAUCCCCAAGAACGCGGCGGAGGAACAGAAGCUCAAACUGGAGCGGCUCAUGAAGAACCCGGACAAAGCAGUUCCGAUUCCAGAGAAAAUGAGUGAAUGGGCACCUCGACCUCCCCCGGAAUUUGUCCGAGAUGUAAUGGGUUCAAGUGCUGGGGCCGGCAGUGGAGAGUUCCAUGUGUACAGGCAUUUACGCCGAAGAGAGUACCAACGACAAGACUACAUGGACGCCAUGGCUGAGAAGCAAAAAUUGGAUGCAGAGUUUCAGAAAAGACUGGAAAAGAAUAAAAUUGCUGCAGAAGAACAGACUGCAAAGCGUCGGAAAAAGCGCCAGAAGUUAAAAGAGAAGAAAUUAUUGGCAAAGAAGAUGAAGCUCGAACAGAAGAAACAAAAAGAAGGACCCAGUCAGUCCCAGGAACAGCAGUGCAGCAGCUCCGAAGAGGCAUCCGGAUCAGAAGAGGAAGAGGAAGAUGAGCCCAGCUUUAUCAUGGGGCGAUGACGAUGUUUGCCAUAGCAGCUCUUGGAGCAGCCUGGCUCAUACUGUGGUCUCAGAAAACUUCAACAUGACCAGAAGGGAAAGGAAGUUUUCUUGCACUCUGGUCUUCCCAAGGAUUCCCUGAGAGAGAACAAACGGGAGCACCUCCAAGCUGUGCAUAGCCCUGCCUGUUGGUGGGACUCGGGGCCUAUGGGACACACAACCCUCUCUCAGACCCUCAGAGGCGCUGCCUAGCAGUGUUCAUCCACGUUCUGCUAAAGGGGAAAGGGUGCCCAGCCUCCCACUCCUGGCACCUGGCCUCACAUAUUUGAGCAGUGAUGAGUUUGGGGCUGGUUAUUGUGAAGGGAACACUUAUUUAGUAAAGAGAAAACCCUUAGAUUUUUUUCAGACGUGAAACAUUUAAUUGCAAAAGCUAUAGAGAAGGCUAGGAACUAAGCGUGGGGCCUCAAGAUUCAACAGGUCUUGUUACAUGGACCUGUUCCCAGACUCUGCAAGAAAUGGUCUUGGCCCUGGGGCUGACUCGACCUCCAUUCCCUUCAGUGGAGAUGCGGCUCCCAGGGUGCGUUGUGCCUCAGGAAGCCCCGGGUGUGUGCGUAGGGGAUGUGGGCUGGGCCACAGAUGGGAACUUGAUGUGUGGAAAGAGCUGUUGGGAGGGAAAUAGUGACUAGGAAAAUCAGCUGGUCAAGAUCCGGGCUGGGCAGAGCACAGGAAUCCUGGCUGAGUGGAACUGCGUGUUCAUCCUGAGGUCAGAGAGGUUCCAUGUUGAAAAAGACUGAAAGAGGCUUGACUGGCUGGAGAUGAGAGGGAAGUGUGCAGCUCUUAGGGACUGAAGCCCUCGGGCUCUCUGCCGGGGUCACAUAGGAGCUAGGGUCAGAGAGGAGCAGGCCCAGAAGGGAACCAGCCCCUGCAGGGUGCGGGGCAUUGUGCUGGGUGCCAGGGGCCUUGGGGGGUAACUAGGUCAGCCUCAGACCUGGGCAGCCUUCAGGUAGCCAACAGGGAUGCUUUAUGAUUAGGGCCUUCAUUCAGUUUUUGGAUUAUUUAUCUCCAGCUUCAAGUCUUAAGUAUAUUUUGUGCCUUUAAUGGAUCUGAUGGAAUUAAGGAAAUGGUUUUGAGUUAAUAGGAAACAGACACAUUUUACUUGUGUAGUAUAAAUGUUGCUGGUCCCACUCAGCCAUGUGACAUCUAUGAUCCCUAUGAUCAAAUCAUAGGGACUUUUUUCCCUCAGGAAUUACAAAGGUGGAGGAGUAAAGUUCUCUGACUUUUGGAAAGAAGGAAUCUAAUUCAAUCCAAUCCCUAGGGCCACUUGGCAGGAGAGCAGUGUGGAAACUGUUUCAUUUGCCAUCGACAUGAAAACAGGCCUGCUUUUUCUCUCCGUCACUCUGGAAAUUAAUUUACAUUUACUAUUUGGCAUACUUGACUAAAGUGAACUACAAUUACCAUAUAUUAGCAUAUAUUUCAAUAAAGAGAACACUUAGAGAUUAGCCUGGA